AUGUUUCUUAUCCUCAGUGAUACGUUCAAAGCUUUCUGGUAUUUCAUCUUCCCUGUGGUGGUAUUCAGCCAGGGUCCGGUUCAGAAUUCAUCAGGGUUCUGUCAAGCUAGUGGGUUCUUCCUCGCCUUAGGAAUUGAGGCUUCCGACUAUGCGAUUCUGAUGAUCGCUCUGCAUUCACUAAUCUACAUCUUCAAUCCACCGGCCAGCUCUGGGGACAACGGUGGACUUUACAGAUAUAGAAAAUACAUAUAUCCUUGUUGGGUGGUCUUCCCAGUGUUAGCAGCCUCCCUGGCCUUCGUCAACAACGACAAUGGCUACACUACCGCCGGCACGUUCUGCUACCUGCCACGACGUCCAUUCUGGUAUCGGCUGGCUCUCAGCUGGAUACCUCGUUAUUGUAUCAUUACACUUAUUUUCACAAUGUACUUGGCUGUAUAUAUUUAUGUCGCCUUGAAGUUCCGCAGCUUCAACUACCUUCACGAGGACAGUUCAAAUUUUUCGUCAGGCUCACCAUCGCGUCGAUCAUCAAUAUCGGACGACAAUAUCGCACCCGACGAGCACAUUAGCUCUGAGGAUGCUCAGGCCAGGAUGAGGUUCGGUCGACCUGUAUUCUCCCGGUCUGCUUCUUACAACCAGCAACCGAAUCAAAUGCCCCGCGAGCUUGAUCCUUGGGAACAAGUUUCGUUCAUCACUUCCAAAGGUUUAAGGAGGAACGACGGUUCGCAAGCAGGGAUAGAGACCUCGGACUUUUCAAUGAGAAGCCAGAAGCAUAGUAUUUCUGCGGGCACAACGUCGCCUCAAAAUACAAGUCAGUAUUUUCCUGGUCAGAGCUCCGCACCUCAAGGUCAAGAGGAGCCGCCUUCCUCAGCUCGUACCUUCGAUGACGCCUAA